AUGAACCCCAAGACUGAGGAUGGUCCAACUUAUAAGGAGAUCGAUUGUGACGAUCACUGGGAGAUGCAAGGGAAACAGCAGGACGCAUGUGGGGUGAAGUGGUGUGCAGCUCAUGAGAUAGCCCGUCGGAAGAAUGCUCUGAAGAAUGAUCGCUUCCGUCUGUUCCCGAAAAUACAGAAGAACAACUAUGCUAGAAAGUUGAGGGCCUUAGUCGACUCACAGUUCCCAGGUAUGGGCGAUCGUUGGUCAAUACAGAAUGUUACUGGGCAUAGCCUGCGUCGAACUGGCAGUACUCUUCUCAAGUUGUGUGACGUUCCAGAAAAGGAGGUGCAAGCGGCGGGUAAAUGGAAGAGUGACGCCUGGCUGAGCUACACCGCUCAAGCUAUGGAAAUCCGGUCGAGAAAGCACGCAAAAAUGAUUAUGGGAGACAAGAGAUGUAGUUAG